AUGUUCCAGCUCAGUGGAAUCUUCCAUUCAACACUGGCAAAACUCUCCAAAACAUACGGACCUUUGAUGUCAAUUAAGGUACUGAACAGAAGAAUGAUCAUUGCAUCCUCACCCCAAGUAGCCAAAGAGUUACUUCAAAAACAUGAUCAUCUCUACACCUCUAAACUAGUACUUGAUUCAGCCCGAGCAUUCGACUAUCACAAGUUCUCUAUUAUCUGGUUACCUGUAAAUGGCCAAUGGCUUAAUCUUCGUAAAUUGUGCAAAGAGCAAAUUUUCUCCUCAGAACGACUCAAUGCUAGUCAAGGGCUCCGUCAAGAAAAGCUGCAACAGCUUUGUAAUUAUGUCGAUGGCUGUUGCAUUAACGGGGAAGCUGUCGACAUAGGUGAAGCUGCCUUCACUACAAUCCUCAAUAUUCUGUCCACCACUUUAUUCUCUGUUGAUUUUGGUAAUUACGAGUCCAAUUCAUCCCGAGAACUGAAAGAAAUCAUAUCGGGUGUGGUGGAUACCAUAGCAAAACCUAAUCUUUCGGACUUCUUUCCGGUGCUCAGAGCAAUUGAUCCACUGGGUAUUAGGCGGCAGACCAAAUUUUACUUUGGAAAAUUGCUUCAAAAAUUUGAAGAAAUUAUCAGGCAAAGGUUACAAGAAAGAGAGAAAUCUCUUGCUUACUUGCGCAGAAAUGACUUGUUGGAGGUCCUCCUUGAUCUCACCCAGCAGCAAAAAUCUGAAUGGGGCAUUGAGGAGAUAAAACAUUUGCUUCUCGCUCAAUUUCUUCUCGAAACUCUGCAGGAUUUAUUCCUUGCAGCAUUUGACACAACAUCAUCAACGGUGGAAUGGGCAAUUGCAGAGUUAUUGCGAAACCCUGAAAAAAUGGAAAGGGCUAGAUCUGAGAUUAGAGAAAUCAUAGGAAGAGGAAAGCUGGUUCAAGAAUCACAGAUUUUUGCACUCCCUUACUUGCAGGCAAUUAUUAAAGAGGUCUUUCGCCUUUACCCUCCUGCAACCACAAUAAGUCGCUAUUACGAGGCCGAUAUCGAGAUUGGCCAGUACAUUGUACCCAAAAAUGCUCUAGUACUUGUUAAUUUAUGGGCUAUUGGUAGAGACUCUAGCUUGUGGUCGAGUCCUGAUUCCUUUGUGCCAGAAAGGUUCCUGGAUAGUGAAAUUGAUGUGAAAGGCCAGCAUUUUGAGCUCCUUCCAUUCGGUACAGGCAGGAGAAUGUGUCUUGGAAUGCCGCUGGCUGAUCGGUUUAUUCAUUUGACAGUGGCUUCACUCAUUCAUAACUUUGAUUGGAAGCUUGAAGGAGGGAUCAAACCAGAAGAUGUGGACAUGAGUGAAAAGCUUGGAGUUACAAUGCAGAAGGCUGUACCCCUUAAAGCCAUUCCAAUUCGAACCACAGUUUAA